UGCUUUGUGUUGUCAUAGUCACAGCUGAGCUCAGAGAGGGAGAGAGAUCUCACCAUGCUGCGUUCAGCACUGACCCCUCUCUACUACCUGCUGCUGCUUCUGCCUGCCCAGUGCCUGUGCCAGUCCACCUCCAUCCCCUUCCUCCAGCCUGGCAAUUGUUCCAGAAGCCAGUUCUACAAUGUGGCCAAAUAUUCCUGCAUCGCAUGCGAUCAAGGGAUCCAGGCGUCGGACGGUGUGAGAUGUACGUGUGCGAGCGACUCCGCCGUGACAACCCUCGGAUCCCCCCAGGUCACCUGUACGCAGUGUGCGGCGGGACAGAAGGUUUCCCUCGACCAGAGAGUCUGUCUGAAUUGUAACGCAAAUACGUGUGCGUGUGGAAGCGGAGCGGUGAGCGAAGAAGAUUAUAUGACUCUCUCCUCCACAUGCGUAACGUGUGCGGGAAACACGAUGCCAAACGGCGCCGGCGAUCAGUGUGUUCUGUGCCCGCCCACUUACGGCUCUAACUGCGUCUGUCCGACAGCCAAUCAGAUCGGUGGUGUUUGCGUCUCGUCCCCACAGAGCGCGCUGACCGCCGUGACGUACUGGGAAUCUUUGUAUCUCUCCUCCAGUUAUGAUGUGUGUCAGGGUAACGCCAACUUCACCGCCUGUCAGGCCCUCACCAACAUGGUCAUCAUGAACGCCUUUUCUUCCACCAGCACGGCCUACAACCUAUACAGCAGCAUAGGUUCAAAGGAUGUUCUCCCUGCACUGAUCUACAGCACUGUGAGCCAGCUGGGGGCCACAGCACCAUCUAACCUGUCUUUCCAGAAAAACGCUCAGAUCCAGUUUCAGUUGGCGAAAUACGACCUCCGUGGAAACUUUCUCGGCUGGCAGACCCUCAAAGGAGGAACUCUACAGAUGUGUCCGAAUACGCAGAGCACGUGGGAUGCAGCAUUUAAAUUCGGUACCUACUACAGUCUGUCAUGUUCGCUGGCCGUGUCCAACCUCUUCCAGGCAGUGUCAGAGCCUGUGUUCUACGAGCUUUUCCUCCUCUACACCAGUACCAGCGGUGCCAGCAUGCUGUGGCCAAUACCGGUGUGGAAUGCCAACAUCCAGGGUGGCUCAGGUGUCCUCGGCUCUUUCCCUCUCCGGCGGUUCUUCCUGAUUGACGGCAUCUCCGGCAGACAGGCCAACCUCUCCAGUCAGCCCUCCUAUGUCACUGUGGCUACAAGCCUCGCUCUGAGCAUCUACCUUCCGGUCAGCCCUCCGAGCAGCCAGCCGCCCUUCCAGCUCACCGUAACAUAUCAGAAGCAGACCCUACAGACGUCCGCACAGGUUUCAUUUGCUGUCACAUAUACGCAGAGCCAGGGGACAUAUAAAAGAGACACGGAUAUUGCGCUCGGAGUCCUGGGCUCACUUGCUGCGGUUGUAGCCAUCUUGGAGACCACUAGUUGGCUGCGGAGAUCGGGUCAGCAGAAUAUUGGAAUAAUGGUAAUAGUUAAGUUUUUGGCGUUCUCCUGUGGAGCUUUGGCAAAUACAUUUUUCCUUAUUGUCUACGGAACUUCAGUCUACUGGCUAAUCGCAUUUAAGGGUCAGACAACGACAGUGACGGUCACCCUUCCUCCCUCCGGUGGGCAGGUCGAGACUGACUUUAUCAUCUAUAUGUCCCUGGCGUUUGCCCUAAAGGUGCUGGAAUUGCUCCAUCUGCUGGUCACUCAGCUAACUUCCAACAUAUUCCUGAUUGACUGGGAGAGAUCAAAGGACAGAUCAACCUCCAAUUCACAAGGGAGAUCGAAUGUGAGUAUAUGGAGGACCGUCCUGGUGGCCAAUGAAUGGAAUGAGAUCCAGACUUGCCGGAAACUAAGCCCAAUGUUCCAGCUCUUCAUGGUUCUGCUUCUCCUAGAGGUUGUUGGUCUUAAAAACAUCACAGCCAAGGACCUGAACUUGGAUUUGAACCCUUCUGUUGGGUCUUACCAGGCCCCCUGGAGCAUCAUCCUGAGAUUCGGAAUCGCGGCCUCCAUGUGGCUGGCUGUUGGCCUGGUACAGGUUCUCUUCUUCAUUUUCAUCUAUGAACGCUUUGUUGAAGACAAAAUUAAACAGUUUACCGACCUCUGUUCUCUCAGCAACGUCUCGGUUCUGGUUCUGACCCACAAGUGUUAUGGAUAUUAUAUACACGGCCGAUCAGUACACGGGCAAGCAGAUGUCAGCAUGGAGAUGAUGAUGGACAAUCUGAGGAAGGAGGAAGAAAACUUGUGUCCACUGAGGGGCCUGGAGCCGGGGUCCGACAUCCAGACCUUCGAGGUGGUGCUGAGCGAUCGUACACGGGAACAAUAUGACAAGAUAAUGCAGCCGCUUAGGGAGGCUCCCAGAGGCCAGAAAGCCGGGAAUGAGAAGAACCCAAUGUUACAGCAACGGAUCAGAACCUACUACACCGUUAACCGCUUCCUUUCUGCCUUAUUGGAUCACGUCUAUAAGGAUUUGGAUUAUGUGGUGAAGAACAAGCUGCUCUUGGAGAACAUUCUUGACCUUGAGUUCCAACAACCCAUGGACAAGUCAAUAUUUUAUAAUGAUGAACGCCAUCAUUUUAACCGCGCUCUCUUCUACGGCAACGAGCUGGUGCUGCUUCUCUUCGAUACUCUUCUGUUCUGCAUCAUAGACCUGGGGACACAGAAUUUUAUCCUGGCCACAAUCCUCACCUUUGUCAUUCAGAUGUUUGUGCAAACUCUUCGCUCCCUGAUCGGAAAGAAAAAUCUGUCGGCUCAGACUCUGGUGGAAGAAAGUUUCCUCAUCUGAGGAUAAGAUUCUCAUAAUAGUUCUGCAACAGUUAAAGUGUAACUUACCCCCCCCCCCCCAUUUCUUCCCCACCCUUCCCAUACACAUACAAGGCCUAACGAUCCCUCACUGGGUAGAACGGCUAAUUCAAGAGCCUGCACCGGCCUAAAAGGACAGGACAAGCAGUGAACAGGGAUUGCACACUCGUGGCCUUACAAAUCUAUUGUAUCUAUGUAUUUAAACCAUGUAAAUAUUGAAUGUACACAUUUCUUUGCAUAUUUGUAAUUUUGUACGUUUUAUAUUUUUGUAAGUAAUCUAAAUAAAUCAGAAAUCUGUAAAUUUGCCAAA